CCAAUAAGAAGGGGGUGUGGCCAAGUGGAGGGGCGGAGACCAGGCCUUCUAUGAGGUGAAAUCAGUGUGAGGAGAAUUUUGUGAGGGGAAGAUAAAAUGGAGGCUGAAGCCAAGAACAUGGAUCCAAAGGUGGAAGAUCUACUGACGAAGAUUAACAUAGCUUUCAAAGCUCUGGAAGAGAUGCAAAAAGAGUUGCAGGAUCUAGUGAAAUACGGAGAAAACGCGGAGGAGGAACUCCAGGGGGUGCGUGCGGAGAGGCAGAAUCUACAGGAAGAGCUGGAGAAGAAGCAAGAAUCUGUCCAAGUUCUGAAGUUGAGAUAUGACAGCUACCUGGAAAAGGAGAAAAGGCAGCGGGAGCGGUCAGAGGACUAUAAAAUGAGGAUCAACAAUCUGAAAACUCAAAUUCAGGAAGAAAAAUUAAAGCAAAGAAAACAGAGGAUGAGGUUUGAGGACCAGCUAGAAAAUCUUAUGACCAAACACAGAAACCUGGCAGAAUUUUAUAAUCCAAAGAGGCUUGAAGAAGAGAUCUCUCGCUUGGAAAAACAGAAAAAUGAACUAAUACAGGAAUAUAGGGAGAAGCUCCCUAAACUUAAAGAAAUAAAGGAAACUGAGGCAAGACUCAUAGAUGAUGGUAUCCUUACCCCAGAAAAUGUCUUCCUUCACAGUGAGGAAGCUGUGUGUGUAGUGAAAAUGUUUGAAGAAGAAAAUGCUUUGGUCAAGACCAUGCUGGAAAAAGCAACUGCACGUCAUUCGGAGCUUCUGGAUAAUUGCAACAGACUGGAAGCAGAGCUGAUAUCUGCAGAAGUAAAAUUGUCUAAGACCUCCGGAGCUGUAUCCUGGGGAAAUUAACCAAUUCUACAGUGUUUGUUUUUAAUUCAAUACAUGUGGAAUUCAGAACAA